GAACACAAUAACACUAGCAGAGAGCCAGGAGGGGACCAAGCAGAUAUCCUUCGUGUUAUUAUGUGCACACGGUGAACACAGUUUUGAUCACGGCGUUGAAGCCCGUCCACUCGCAUCGUGCGCUGACUGAAGCGCAUGCUCAAUCCAAACCGACUGGAAGAGUUUUUCACGGUGGUACAUUCUGUGCGUCAAGAUGUUUGCUCUUCAUCUUGUUUCGUUCCUCUUCUCCAAACUCCAGGAGGACCCCACAAAAAAAGUGGACAGGUUUCUGCAUGCAAUGCGUCUCCAUGACGACCAGUUAAGGGACAUCUCAGCUCGUUUCCAGGCUGAAAUGAAGAAGGGGCUCUCUGGUGAAAGCAAUGCAGCCGCGGCCGUGAAGAUGCUGCCAACACAUGUCAGCUCCACUCCUGAUGGAACAGAGAAAGGACAGUUUUUGGUGCUGGAUCUCGGAGGCUCAAAGUUCAAGGUGCUCCACGUUAAAGUGAGAGAGGGCGUGGGCUUGAGAAGAGGAGAAGUAGAGAUGGAGGAGAAGACCUACCCAAUACCAAAUGAGCUGCUCAGUGCGAGAGGAGCAGAGUUAUUUGACCACGUUUCAGAGUCUUUAAAGGAAUUCCUCCAGGAGAAGAACAUCAGUCUGGAGAAGAAACAUCCUAUGGCCUUCACUUUCUCUUUCCCCUGCGAACAACCUGCUUUGAAUCAGGGAUUAUUGUUGAACUGGAGUAAGAACUACAGGGCCCGAAGCCUCCAGCAAAAAGAUGUGGUCCAAACCCUCAGAGAGGCCAUUGACAGAACUGGGGGUAUGAACAUUGACGUGUUAGCUAUAGUCAAUGACACUGUAGCGACCAUGAUGACCUGUGGUUUUGAGGAUCGGAACUGUGAAGUAGGACUCAUCAUUGGCACAGGCACCAAUGUGUGCUACAUGGAGGAGUUGCGUCAUGUUGACCUGGUGGAGGGAGACGAGGGCCGGAUGUGUGUGAACACUGAGUGGGGAGCCUUUGGAGAUGAUGGGACCCUGAAGGAUUUCAUAACCGAGUAUGACAGGGAGAUUGACGCAGCAUCCAUCAAUCCUGGAAAGCAAACCUUUGAGAAGAUGAUCAGUGGGAUGUAUCUGGGUGAGCUAGUGAGACUGGUCGUAUUAAAGAUGGCUAAACUGGGACUGCUGUUUGACGGCUACGUGUCUGAGGCCCUGAGGACCAAAGGCAAAAUAACUACUGAAAACGUGGCUGCCAUGGAGGAGAACAAAAAUGGACUGAAGAACACCAGAGACAUCCUAACGGAGCUUAGUUUGAACCCGACACCUGACGACUGUGUCGCUGUCCAACAAGUCAGCACCAUAGUGUCCUUCAGGUCCUCAAACCUGGUGGCUGCAGGACUGGCUGGCAUCUUAACCCGAAUCAGGCAAAACCGAAAUCUGAGGGCAUUAAAGAUCACUGUGGCCGUGGAUGGAACGCUGUAUAAGACACACCCGCAGUAUUCCAAACGCCUCCAUAAAGUUGUGCGCCGGUUGAUUCCUGAGUGUAAUGUUAGAUUCGUCGUCUCAGACCACGGCAGCAGCAAAGGUGCCGCCCUGGUCACAGCAGUCGCCCAGCGUCUUGCAUCACGGAAGCAACAGGUGGACGAGACACUGGCGCCCUUCAGACUGAGCCAAGAGCAGCUGCAGCUGGUCAAGGCCAGGAUGAGGGCGGGCCUGGAGGCGGGGCUGAAGACGAGAGGCUCCUCUGCCGUCAAGAUGCUGCCUUCGCUUGUUCACCGUCUACCUGACGGCACAGAGCAUGGGAACUUCCUCUCCUUUGAUCUGGGAGGAACCUACUUCAGAGCUUUGCAGGUAAAAUUAAAAACAGGUCUUCAGCAGAGCUCCCAUCUUUACCAUAAAAUCUACACCGUGCCACUGGAGAUGAUGCAAGGGUCUGGAGAAGAGUUGUUUGAUCACAUAGCACAGUGUGUAAGUGACUUCCUGGACUACAUGGGGCUGAAGAAUGCUCGCCUUCCUGCCGGCUUCACCUUCUCCUUUCCCUGCGACCAGAAAGCCAUUAAUAAAGCCACGUUGGUGACCUGGACCAAAGGCUUCAAUGCCUCACACUGUGAAGGACAAAGUGUUACUGACAUGUUGCAGGAGGCCAUCAAGAGACGCAACGACUUUGACUUGGACAUAGUCGCAAUUAUCAAUGACACAGUUGGGACAAUGGUGAGCUGCGCCUAUGAAGACCCUCAGUGUGAAGUUGGACUCAUUGUUGGAUCUGGCACAAAUGUGUGUUACAUGGAGGAACUGAACAACGUUGAGAAGAUCAAACCAAGCUGUCCGUCUGAAGGAGCGGAGGACAGGGACGAAGGAGAGAAAGAUGAGGCCAAUAUAUCACAGAUGUGUAUAAAUACAGAGUGGGGAAGUCUGGGUGACGAUGGCUCCAUGGAUGAUAUCAUCACACGCUACGACAUAGAGAUGGACCAAAACUCACUCAACCCUGGAAAACAAAGGUUUGAAAAGCUGAUCGGUGGGAUGUAUUUAGGUGAAAUUGUCCGGCAGCUGUUACUGGAUUUAACCAGAGGAGGUUUGCUGUUCAGAGGACGAGUCACAGAUGCCUUGAAGACGCCUGGGAUAUUCCAAACUCCCUAUUUGUCCCAAAUAGAGUGUGACCGCCUGGCUCUACUGCAGGUCAGAUCCAUUCUGCAGCAGCUUGGCCUCGACAGCACCUGCAACGACAGCAUCAUUGUCAAAGAGGUAUGCAGGGUGGUAUCACGCCGAGCUGCUCAGUUGUGCGGUGCAGGGAUGGCAGCUGUGGUCGAUAAGAUCAGAGAGAACAGAGGACUGAACCAUCUGAACAUCACAGUAGGGGUCGAUGGGGCGCUCUACAAACUCCAUCCACAUUUCUCUCGGGUCCUCCAGGAGACUGUCAGGGUUUUGGCUCCGCAGUGUGAUGUGAAGUUCGUGCUGACUGAGGAAGGCAGCGGGAGAGGGGCCGCCCUCAUUGCAGCUAUGACCAGACAGAAGCAAGAGAUGUAGUUUCACACCGUUUUUUGUUUGUCUUUUUAGUUUUUCACUCAUUUAUGCCUCUGUGUGAAUUGCUGUCUUGUGAGUGAUGACCACCUGCCCCAAUCAGGCAAAGGUGUUUCCUCUGAAACAGGACUGUGAAAGAUUAAAAUCCCUUUUCUUACUGAAUAUUUAAAUAGCAAAUAAUAGAUUUUUAAAUGAAUCUUAGAUGGUCACUUACUGUGCUUACUUAUAGGACUUAAAUUCAGAUCAUGUCAUCGUUGCCUCUUGUCUGCACCAGGUUAGGCUCAGCCUGGCUGCCCAGUGUUGGCUCUAGUGCAACAUUCUGGGUCAGGUCAUUUUCAUAUUUGUCUUUGAUUGAUUGCUAGCUCAAUUGCAACCCAAUAUAAAUUUAGCCUAUGAAAAAUAUUUGGCUCUAUUAGCUGUACAAUGCUACACUUUUAGUGCAUGCUAAAUAAAGCGCAUUAAAACCCUGCAGUCGACUCAAGGCCAGCACUUCGUGUGAGGCCAAACCAAAUUUGAUUACCUGCUGACACAGUUGUUACAGCUGCAACUGAAAUGUAGGACAACAAGCUGCAGUAGCUUCAGAUCCUCUGAAGAUGUGAACUGAACAUUAAUUAAUCCCUAACAACUCCUGUUCACUGUUCAACUUCCAGUUCUUCUGUUCAGCUUUUAAACUAAUUUUUAACUUUAAUUUGUUGUAAUUUGGUUAAAAGGUGAAUAGUAGAUUUUCAUACAUUGUGUGUGUGUGUGUGUGUGUGUGUGUGUGUGUGUGUGUGUGUGUGUGUGUGUGUGUGUGUUAGUCAGCAGUAUCUCAGAAUUGAUGAAGGGCAGGAGGGGGAUUGGAAUGAGGCUGACCACAUUGUGCAACAAUAAAGCAGCACUCUGUUCAGUCAUUCUGGACUCACUCUGCCCUUGUGAUUUUUAAUCUGUCUCUCUCUGGUCUCUGUGCAUCUGUGCCAUUUUAAUCAUUGUGUCUCUCUGCUGUGUCUGUCUCUGCUAGCUUUGCCCACACGUCUAUGUCUUUGUCUGUCUGCACGUCACAUUAGCAGCACAGACAGAAACCUGGAAAAAUCCACUGAAAGACCUCUGCAUUGCAGGUGGUUAAUGUUAAAGUUCAACUGAUGCUUGCA